GCGUGAACGUAUUGACGUCACUCGAAGCUGCUGCCUUGACUCCCGGCCUUUGCGUCUCCGCUGUGGUACCUGGAGCUGGGGUCGCCUGUGUGCGGGGACUUGGGCAGUUUCCCCUCAGAGGCCUGGCGUCCGGCCGCCCCUGCCCGCCCUGCCCCGGCCCGGCGCCGCCCAGGGCGUCCGUGCCGCCGUCAUGGAUCUGAAUUUAAACCGAGCGGAUUAUUUACAGGUGGGAGUGACCUCUCAGAAGACCAUGAAGUUACUUCCUGCCUCAAGACACAGAGCUACACAAAAGGUAGUUAUUGGAGAUUAUGAUGGUGUAGUUACGUGCUUUGGCAUGAAGAAAGGAGAAGCAGUGACAGUGUUCAAGACUUUACCUGAGCAGAAGAUUGCAAGACUGGAACUAGGAGGGGUUCUUAACACACCACAGGAGAAAAUUUUUAUUGCUGCAGGAUCUGAGAUUAGAGGAUUCACAAAGAGAGGGAAACAGUUCCUCUCUUUUGAAACAAACCUCACUGAAAGCAUUAAAGCUAUGCACAUAUCUGGCUCAGACCUCUUUCUCAGUGCAAGUUACAUCUAUAACCAUUAUUGUGAUUGCAAAGACCAGCAUUAUUACCUUUCUGGGGACAAAAUCAAUGAUGUCAUCUGCCUUCCAGUGGAAAGAUUACCUCGUAUUACACCGGUAUUGGCCUGCCAGGACAGAGUUCUCAGAGUUUUACAGGGAUCCGACGUGGUAUAUGAAGUUGAAGUUCCUGGCCCGCCAACUGUUUUAAGUCUGCACAAUGGAAAUGGCGGUGACUCUGGAGAAGACCUUUGGUUUGGGACAUCGGAUGGAAAACUUGGGCUUAUUCAGAUCACUCCAUCUAAGCCAAUACACAAGUGGGGAAUUCAAAAUAAGAAAAAGAGGGGAGGUAUUUUGUGUGUCGACAGCUUUGACAUUGUGGGUGAUGGGGUUAAAGAUUUACUUGUUGGGAGAGAUGACGGAAUGGUGGAAGUUUAUAGCUUUGAUAACGCAAAUGAGCCUGUCUUACGAUUUGAUCAGGCCUUGUCUGAAAGUGUCACAUCUGUCCAGGGAGGUUGUGUAGGGAAAGAUGGCUAUGAUGAAAUCGUCGUGUCUACAUAUUCAGGCUGGGUUACAGGUCUGACAACAGAGCCUGUUCAUAAGGAAAGUGGACCAGGAGAGGAACUAAAAAUUACUCAGGACAUGCAGAAUAAAAUUUCUUCUUUACGGAGUGAGCUGGAACACCUGCAGUAUAAGGUACUACAGGAAAGAGAGAAAUAUCAGCAGUCUUCUCAGUCAAGCAAAGCAAAAUCAGCUGUCCCUUCGUUUAGCAUAAAUGACAAGUUUACAUUAAAUAAAGAUGAUGCCAGUUACAGCCUUGUCUUAGAGGUGCAGACAGCAAUAGAUAAUGUCUUAAUACAGAGUGAUGUUCCAAUAGAUUUACUCGAUGUGGAUAAAAAUUCUGCUGUUGUCAGCUUCAGCAGCUGUGAUGCUGAGUCAAAUGACAACUUUCUUCUUGCCACUUAUCGGUGCCAGGCGAAUACCACAAGGCUGGAACUCAAGAUUCGCUCAAUUGAAGGCCAGUAUGGCACACUUCAAGCAUAUGUGACUCCAAGAAUUCAACCCAAAACCUGCCAGGUCCGCCAGUACCUUAUCAAACCCCUUUCACUCCAUCAAAGAACUCACUGUAUUGAUCAUGACAGACCCAUGAAUACACUGACUUUAACGGGCCAGUUCAGUUUUGCUGAAGUUCACUCCUGGGUGGUGUUUUGCCUGCCUGAAGUUCCUGAAAAGCCUCCAGCAGGAGAAUGCGUGACAUUUUACUUCCAGAACACCUUCCUGGAUACACAAUUGGAAAGUAACUACAGAAAAGGAGAAGGAAUUUUUAAAUCUGACAACAUUUCUACUAUAUCCAUCCUAAAAGAUGUGCUCUCUAAAGAAGCUACAAAGAGGAAAAUUAACCUUAACAUCUCAUACGAGAUAAAUGAAGUAUCAGUCAAACACACUUUAACUCUAAUCCACCCAAAGCUGGAAUACCAGUUGCUCUUGGCUAAGAAAGUGCAAUUAAUUGAUGCUUUAAAAGAAUUGCAGGUUCAUGAGGGAAAUACAAACUUUCUGAUACCAGAAUAUCGCUGUAUUCUAGAAGAGGCAGAUCACCUACAGGAAGAAUACAAAAAGCAACCAGCACAUCUUGAAAGACUCUAUGGCAUGAUCACCGAUCUUUUCAUAGAUAAGUUCAAGUUUAAAGGCACCAAUGUAAAAACCAAAGUACCUCUUUUACUGGAUAUUCUGGACAGUUAUGACCAAAAUGCAUUGACUGCUUUCUUCGAUGCUGCAUGAGAUAUAAACCAGAAGAAAACUGAUUCUCACUGAGGUUAAGUGAUGAAGAAGACUGCUAUCAUUUUGUAAAGCUGGGACAAGAACCCAUUAUCCUGGUGCCUGGUUUGUGUCCUGGUUACUAUGUAUGUUGUCAGCCAGUGGAAAUAACGUACCAGCUCUUUUUUCUAGGAGUUGAGAUUGAUUUGCAAUUGAUUUCACUCUGCAUGGUAAUGAGCAUUGUGACAUUGUGACCAGCGCUCAGUUUGUAAGAUGCUUAAGUUGGCUCAGUGCUAUUAAUUGUGGUCAAAGGAACAAGCAGAGCUUGCACAGAUUGGGGGUGGGGAGGACUUGAACUUGAUGUGCUGUAAUGAGUAGAGCUAUACAAGUGUGCAUGUGAAUAGUGCAGAAAUAGUGAUGGCUUCUUAGAUUUUCCUGCACUAGUAUCCACUUAUUUCCUUUUUAUCAUGUAUGAAAGAAAGCAUGACUUUAAGGCUGUGGAAGUGUUAUUCAUUAAUCUUAAUUCAUGUUUAUUCAUAUUCAGGGGAAUGUUAUAUUUAAAGGUUGCUUUAAAAUGGCUUAAAGAUUAUAAUGGAAAAUAAGCUAUUCUUUAUGUUUUUAAGAAGGGCACACAUGAAUUUGUGAGAAAACAAUCGUGCUUAAUUAUAUACCAUUAUAUUAGUUAUGUGCAAGCCUUGAAUAUUAAAUAUGAAAAUCUGUUAAAGGCA